AUGGCACACGCGACUGAUUGCUCCUCCGUCGAGGCAAAUAAGCAAGAUAAAAAAAAUGCAAGUGAAAAUAUCGGCUGUACAUCAAUGGACUACUCAGUGUCAUCUGCAACCAGGCAACCCUUACCACCGGACGGAGGAUGGGGCUAUUUCGUAGUUCUAGCAUCAUUUUUAAUUCACGUAAUCGCGGAUGGUGUGACAUACUCUUUCGGAGUAUUUUACUUAGAACUUUUGCACUAUUUCGAAGAAGGAAAAGGAGCAACUGCAUGGGUCGCAUCGAUCUUAGUUGGAGUCACUUUGUGCUCAGGUCCAAUAUCAAGCUUAUUUGUGAAUAAAUUUGGAUGUCGAGCUGUGACUAUAGCCGGCUCAAUAUUGGCGAGUGCGUGCCUACUGGCGAGUAUGUGGGCUCGAAGUAUUGUAACACUGUACUUUUCGAUCGGCAUAGGAACAGGCCUAGGUUUUGGCUUAAUUUAUUUACCUGCGAUCGUAAGUGUAACAUGUUACUUUGAGAAGUAUCGUUCCCUUGCAACGGGAAUUGCAGUGUGCGGUUCGGGCUUAGGCACAUUAAUUUUCGCCCCUUGCUUAGAUUACCUUAUAGCAUUAUAUGGAUGGCGUGGAACAAUGUUGAUUUGUUCUGGGAUCGUUUUGAAUUGUACCGUUCUUGGAAUACUCUUUAGACCCCUUGAAACGAACAAACCGAUAAAGAGAAGUUCUUCAGAGAAAUCGUUGCCGAUCUCGAAGAAAGGUCUUCGAGAAUAUUCGAACAGUUUAAAUAGUAAAAAAUUGCAUAGUGUGAGUUUUCGAAAGGAGGAAAAUAGUACCGGUAUAAAAUCUCUAAGUCAACCCGUUUUGAUUUCAAAUGAUGCGAUACAACAAGACAAUUUUGAGAACAUUAGCAAACAGCAGUCGGUAUUUUUUUCUAUAACUCUACUUAUUCGAGGUUUAGCUAGUUUACCGAAUAAAACAGAACAUACAAAAGCAGAAAAUAGAGAAUUUAAAGUAUAUAUUGAAAGAAAAAUAAAUACUUUACAAGAGAAAUUAGAUAUUUCUGUGUUAAAGGAUCCAGUAUUCAUAUUAUUUACUUUCUCAAAUUUUUGCACCAGUAUUGGAUUCUAUGUACCGUAUGUGUAUGUAUUGCCCCAAGCCGAAGAACAAGGAAUCGAUAAAAAAGAUGCAAGUUACCUUCUUGCAGUAAUUGGAAUUGCUAAUACUGUGGGCCGUAUAAUCUUAGGAUAUGUAUCAGAUAAACCAUGGGUUAAUCGAUUACUCAUAUAUAAUUUAUGUCUUACAAUAUGUGGUAUUUCUACAAUUCUUAGCACAUUUUGUACAUCUUUUGAAUCAUUCAUACUUUAUUCUUUUAUGUUUGGAUUUACAUCUGGCGCUUAUGUCGGUCUUACAUCUGUGAUAUUAGUAGAUUUAUUGGGUUUAAAUCGUCUUACAAAUGCUUUUGGUCAACUCUUAUUAUUUCAAGGCUUUGCAUCACUUUUAGGACCACCAAUUGCUGGGUGGUUAUAUGACGCACUAGAAUCUUAUAAUCCUGGAUUCUUUACUGCUGGUGGUAUGAUUACUGUUAGUGGAUUAAUUUUAUUCUUUAUACCUACUAUUCAACAAAAAACACAAAAAAAUGUGAAUACCAAAAAAACAAAAAAUGUAAUAAACAAUCAACAAAAUGAUUAUAGACAAAUACUUCCGUAUCAUUUUAUUUCACACAUUUUAUAA